CGGAGCCUUUGAGUCUUGCACAGCCAGCUCCACCAUGAAGCUGCAUGUCUCCUUCCUCCUCGUGGCCCUGGCGCUGUGCUGCUGCUCCGCCUCUGCUCUGCUGGCUCCUGCUAACUCCCUCGCUCUAUCCCCGCUCUCUGGCCUCGGCCUCCCAAACGCCCAACUCAUUGAGGAGCUCCAGACCUGUGUGAAGAGCCUCUCUCCAGGGGAGACCCUUUCCAUUCAGGGCCUCAUGAACACCUUAACUGGGGUUUUAGGAUGAUGACCGGAUGACCAAAGCCAGAUGCAUCUUCACAUUGAAGAGUCGUGGAUAGGUGACAGCCCCACAUGCUCUCCUCUUCUUCCCGUUCACGGCCUGGACUUUCCACCCAUGUCCGAGCACCCCGUCCUCUUCCUCGACCUGAUGCAGCAGCUUGUUUCAAUAAACUAAAGGAAACGCAGAGC